AUGCUUCCGGCCGUUCUCCGACGACGCCUGGAUCGCGUGCAUAAUCUACAGCUAUCUUUUCUGGCUGCAGAGCGGGACCGUGUUCAAAUUGACGCGACCCCGCUUUCGGAGGUGGACUUUGUUUUUUCUUCCUCACUGCUUCGAAAUGCCGGUUUUGAGGCUCAGCAAUCCAACUCAGACACUCGACUCGUUCGAAGCCUCUUCAUCAACGGUCUAGGGUACUUGCUCGAUGCACUGCCGUCGGACUUGACUGUCGACGAAGCUCGUGCCAUUUACGAUCAUCUCCCCGAAUCUGUAAGGGUGAGUGUCGAGAACUCAGCAGGCGCAACCACCUCGCAGAGAAAUCUAGCUUCCUCGAACUCGCCAUCUUAUUUGCACCGCCUGAUUGCCACCUUUAUCGUGUACAUCUUCGUCUUCGUACAAGUAAUACUUCCGUACCUAAGAAAGCUCUUGAAUUUGAUAUACAGAUAUGAACGAAAAUAUCGUCUUACCGAAAAAGUUCUUGCUACCGCUCUGAAUACGGCCGACGGGGCCAAUGGCAAAGGCGCCCAUAAUGUCGGCUUAUUUUUGUCGAUUUCAAAUCAAGGCAAGAUUAUGACGGCGGUAGGGGAUCUGAUUGCCUGGCUGAGCGAAUCUGUUGCUGGUGGUAUAUACGAGGGCGUUAACGAGGGCCUUGUUGCCGUUGGAGUAGCUCAUAGCCCAAACGGCGAAUUAGAACAGCGACGGCCUUCCUAG